AUGAAUAAUGUUGAUGACGAUUUCGAUGAUAUUGAUUUGAACGAACUUUUUAAUGAUUUUGAUGAAAACAAAUCACCUAUUCUUUGUUCAGUUCCAACUCCUUAUGCCAUGAAAAUUACUAUGAAAAGAAAGCCAGAUGAUUUAUUUGAAUUCAAUGAAAAUGAUUGUACAGCACCAAAAGUUAAUCGAAAACGAGCAAAAACUAAGAAAAAAAUGAACGGUAAACAAACGACGAUGUACGAUUAUGCUUCGACUGUGUCACGUAAACAUAAAGAAUUCUAUUCAUCAUUGGAUAAUACAACGACAGUAAAAACAAUUAUCAAAGGACAAAAACGUUCAUUACCGGACUAUCCACCGGCACCACCAAUUUCGAAAAAAACGAAAACAUCUGCAUAUAAUAAUUCAUCAUCAACGCCACCAGAUUUUAUUGACAAUCUUCUACGGUAUCUUGAUGAACGUAGUCGUCUUAAAACAGGUGAAUUGCCAGAAGAACAAGAGGCUUUAAAAACUACGGAUAUACAAACAAAAGAAAAAUAA